AUGGAGUCURAAAUAUUAAAGUUUAUCUGCACCAAUACAGGAUCUGUCGAUGUGGAUGAUUCAUCUGAGUCUAUGAUCAAGAUAAUUUCCAACCAAAAGAAGUUUGUCUUGUAUUCUUCAGAUGGGAAGCAGAAAGUGGUGGCCAGAACCAGCCUGAAGUUGUGCAGGGUUAAAGACUGUCAGGGGCCGUGUGGAGGGCUUCACCUGUGCAAAAACUUCCUUUUCAAYGACCAGUUUUACAAAAGUGAGAGAGGAGAGUGCAGUUUAUUCCAUGAUCUGAACUCUGACCACAACCAACAGAAACUAAAACAUCAUGAACUGGAGGGUSUGAUCAGAAAGGAACUUUGUACGCUGCUGAUACAGAGUGAUGACGCCCUCCUUCCCUCUAUAUGUCAUGAUUACAAUAUCGAUGAUGGAAAAUUUGGGCAGUGCCAGGGCAGAGUUAAUUGGAAGAAGCUUCAUUUUUGUGAGUUUCUGAACCAGGACUGCAGCUGUUCCAGAAACCACAAUUUUAAUGGUUGCCACCCAUUUAAAGUCCUGUACAAUGAAGGGAUCUCGUCCAGCCUCAUUCACUCUUUGAAGUCCAUUUACACAAAUAAAGAAGUUCUGAAAUUUUCUGGAAACCAUGUUUCUGCAAACACUGAUGCAGAAGAUCAGGACAAGAUGCCGUACAGAUGGCAGGUUCAGGAAGGUAACCAGUGGACCAACCUGCCAGAUAACGAGACAAUUGAGAGGGAGUACUGUGAGCCAAACAACAGUUACAGGUACUCUGUCCACCACUCCUACCCUAAUGUCCUCAGAGGUUACUUCUGA